AUGCACCUCCCCACCCUCCUCGCCCUUCCCGUCUCCUUCCUCCUCUCCACCGCCCUCGCACGCCCCGUCCUCGACCCCUCCGCCCUAGACGUCGAAGGCUCAUGGCGCCUCCCGCCCUCGUUCCUCUUCCCCCCUCCACCGCUCAACUCCACCCACUCGCAGGAGAAGAGUAAGAGGAACGUGGUGAAGAACCCAAAGGUCGUUUUGAACCCGAAGAAUCCGGCGUUUGAGAGUAGCGCGAGGAGUUUGGCGGCGGUGAGGACGUCGACGGCGGUGUGGGUUCCGGCUCCUACGACGGUGGAGACGACGAGGGUUGCGAGUAGUACGACGAGGGAGGCACUGCAGACUACGACCACGACUAUGGCAACGGGAAAGACGACUUCGACUUCGUCCGGCAGCACGAGCAGCAAGGCAGCGUCAACGACGAGCAGUGCGCCCGCCGCGCAGUUCACUGGACAAGCUACCUACUUCUACCAAUACGGCGCCGCGGGAGCGUGCGGAAACUACAACCCGGACUCUGCGUCAAUCGUCGCUCUCGACUCUCGCCUCUACGGAAAUAUGGGCCAGGUAUCGCAGUAUUGUGGAAGGGAAUUGACCAUCACCAAUACGGCGAACGGGAAGAGCGUCGUAGCGACCGUCGCUGAUGCGUGCCCGGGCUGUAGCAGCAGGUUUUCACUCGACCUGUCGUUGGGCGCAUUCGAGGCGAUUGGGGACUUGGACACGGGUGUGCUGCCUAUCGUGUGGUCGUGGAAUAGCUAG